AUGAGUCAGGAAAGUUACUCUGUACUCCAGGUGAAAACUGCAGGUGAAGAAGAUGAAGACCAAAAUACCAACGAAGACAUUUAUUGUGAAGCCUUAGCAGAAACUCUACAUCAUGUUGCCCUACCUGUGACGGUGGGACUUUUUGCCCCAUGGGGGCGGAACAAGAGGGGCCUCUUAGGCAAAGUCGAAGAUGCCAUGACCAGAAGAAGCGAAGUAAAAAAGGAUGAGAAAAGUGGCAGAGGAAAUAGGACUUCUCUGCUUUCCCUCAUCUGGCACGUCAUUUUUUAUCUCCCUGUCUUCGAUUCAAUAUCAUUGGAAAGAGUUCAAUACAUCUUCAUCAGCUUCGAUGCCUGGGAGUACGUCGGAUGUGACCAUACCUGGGCCGGCCUCGUUACGACGCUGCUUGAUGAAAUUGAAGAGAAAAAUAAAAUCCUGUUCAGUCUGGUUAGGGCCUUUGGUGGAGAAUCCUUUGAAGGGUUUGUACGACGGGGGGAAAAAUGGGUUGCUAAACCAUGGACCACAUUUUUCUUUUGGGCUUUCUCAAGCGUCGUUAUUGGUUUAACUCUGUGUACUGUGCUGCUGAAGGAAAUUGCAGCGAACGAGUCCUGGAAGGAGACGGGAUCCGUGACGGCAAUAGUGACAUUUGCUGUAUUUAGUGUUCCUUUCAUGGCGGUAGCCAAGAAUUUCCUUUUCACAAUGAAAAAUAAGCUUCAGAAUGAUAUGAUGAGGAAGGACCUCAGUGCGCAGUUGGGCUUCAUGCACUCGGUGAAAGAAGAAGUCAAAACCACCGUCAACUUCCUCCGCUUCAUGGCACUCAAAGAGGACAGAGAGAUCCGGGUGGUCUUAAAGAUCACCAGCUUGGAUUUAUGCACGCCAGACAAGGUGGUGGCAGUCCUGGACGCCAUCAACAUUCUUCUUUGUGACCCAAACGCUCCGUUUAUCUCCAUCCUGGCUGCCGACCCAGGUGUCCUCGUGGAAUGCAUUCGAUGGUCAAGUAAUACCUGUAACAACGGCUACUUGUACUUGGACCACAUCGUUUCCUUGCCCUUCUCUGUACCGCAGAUGAGUCCGAGGGCCAAGUCACGGUUGCUCGAAGGGAUUCUGAAAAACCAGUUGAUGGAGGGUUCCGCUAUAGAUCCAGGGAAAGAAUAUCAUGCAGAAUGUGUAAGGAAGAACACUGGUAGGGUGUUAACAAGGAAAGAGAUGGAGCAUAUCAGUUACUACCUACGCGAUGGGGAUUUCGAUGCCUACUUACCGGGGAAUUCAGUCCAGAUGAGGCGGGUCGUGAACACCGUGCUGACCACGUGGACCAUGAUAAAAAUGGGAUUUCAACCCGAUGGAGGAAACAAAAUGAAUGAAAAAGGUGACCGAGACAGAAUUGAAGAGACCAUCGAUUGGGUUGUCCUUGCCAACUGUUGGCCUUGCCGUCUGAGCUGGAUUUUGCAAUGUGUGGAGGACGAUGAGCAAAGAAGAAGACUUGAGGGAAGCCAGAAAAGCACUAUUCGGGACAGCGUGGAAAAUCCAGGAGGACACCAACAGGGGGAAAGGUCAGAGAGUAAUGAUAAAUUACUGGACAUUUAUGAGGCCAAUGCUCGGGAACUGGACAGGAUGAAGUAUAGCAUCAGGAAGCUUUUGGAACUUGAUGGAGACCCUGACCUUUUCCGAAUCUUCUUGCAGAAGAGCCAUUUUACAGUCGGGCGGGCCAGAUAUUUUUCUGACCUUCUCAUCAAUUUGGACUUCUCCCUAAAACGGCAUUUUGAAUUGCUCCGUGGUCUCAGCAGCAUCACCAGGAAGAAGAAAACGGCAGAUAUCCCCUCACUGAGAAACACUGAGACGGACGACCAACUGCUGGACAAUUGA